AUGCCCCUUUCCCCCUCCGAAUGGAAUGGUCUUCCUGGGGGAUACCUGAUUGAAAGCCAGCUGCUCGACCUUGAAGCCGGCACCGGGACCGAGAUAGUGCCGAUUCGAAAUGUAUCCAAACAGGCUGAAAGUCUGACUGUUUUUACUAAUUCAGGCCACCUCAGAAUCUUUGCUGUCCGAGUUGAUCAGCCCGGGCAGCAAACAUUGCUUCUCGACAACCUUCAACCGAACGCACGGUACCAAUUCGACAUACGCGCCUUUAGCUUGGCAUCAUCAAACACUUGUCAGCGUGCCCAGGUUGCAGGCCUGAGUGGCACCUGCACACAGAAGAAGUCUGAAACAGGUGACAUCUUUAGGCCAAAACCAAGGCUGGCGGAUCGUCUUCUUCCGGAGUCGGCCUUGAUCUCAGAGUCGAGCGCAGCCUGUGCACUUCAGAGAGGAUCUUUCUCAGAGUCUUGGAACCGCUCGGAAAGUCCCCAUGCUCGGACAUUUAAGAGUAAUGUGUCCGACCUCUUCGCUCCUCACCCCGCAUGCCGGAUAUUCGAGACUUGGGAGGCCGGACCGAUUAAAGCUCCAAUGGCAGUCCGUGUAACGGUUAUUGGACUCGACGAAGUCAUUGUUUGGUGGCAUGAUCUGACACCAGAUGCCUGGAGGGCUGAUCCUCUUGGCUUUCAGGUAAGGCAUUUUAACUGGGACCAGCCACCAACCAGCUAA